ACAAUACGAGUAGGCUCUUCCAGAAGGCAAAUAGUGUAAUAAGAAAUUACAAACAAUGGUUCGUCGCGUCAACGGUGAAUGAACUCUGAUGUAUCUCUAGAUUGAUCAGCCGGUGAGGCUUUGAUUUUCAAAACUAAUGGAAGCACCAAGACGUCGAUCGAUCGUCGGAAACAACCGGAAGAGCAGCAAACGAGCUCUGACGGAGCUGAACAAAGACGACGACCAUGUUACGGCGGCGGAGAAUGAGGAGUUCAACGACGUGGAGGUGUGGAAUACGCUGAGUAAUGGCUUCAAGCGUGCGCAACUCGUUCUAGACCAGAAUCGUGACUUGAUCCAACGCGUCAACGACAAUCAUCUGUCCCGAAUCCCAGAGAACGUCUCCAGGAACGUUGGCUUGAUUAACGAAAUCAACGGUAAUAUCUCGAGAGUUAUGGAGAUUUACACCGAUUUAGCUGUCGACUUCGCAAAAGGAAUCGAGGAGGCCAAGAGUGGCGACACCGACACUACUACGGCAACCACCUCCGGUUCCUACGGCUGUGGACAGAGCUCUUACCGUUCUUGAGCUCUGUUUUUAGCUCAUGUCAUGUGCCUUUACGUCAUGUCGCAAGUUUAGUAUCCAAAUAAUUGCCCGAAUUAGCAUGGUGGAUUAGAAUCUUUGAUAUGGCCUUGCAUUGUAUCCUAUGAUUUUGACCCUUCUAAGGUUAUUAUUCAUGUUUCUGUAAUCUGCUUUGUCCUCUCUUCCGUGAAGGUUGUUGCAUGUGUGUCAUUAGUACAGCUAUCGCUACUUUCAUUGAUUGAUAAUGAUACAAUUCGAUGGUUUGGUUGUUUGUUU